AUGGAUGAGUUAAUUGGAAGUUUGCUAACUUUUGAGAUGAAGAGAACACCAAAGGAAGAAGAAAGCAAACCAAAGAGGGAAAUUGCCCUCAAGACAAUCAAUGAAGAAGAGGAAGAUGAUUCCUCUAUGGAAGAAGAUGAAACCAAUUUCUUGGCUAAAAGAUUCACCAAAUUUCUUGCAAGAAACAAAAGGUUCAAAGGAAGGAGCUUCCAAAAGUUCAAAGCAAGAAAUGAUGAAGAUAAGGGAAAAUCAGAGAUAAUUUGCCAUGAAUGCAAGAAACUGGGCCAUAUUCGACAAGAUUGUCCUCAAAUCAAAUGGAAAAAGAAGGACAAAAAGGAUAAGCAAUAUAAAAAGAAGGUUCUUGCUGCCACAUGGAUUGGCAAUGAUGACUCUAGUGAAAAGCGAUUCAAAUGA